AUCGAUCAGUCGGCGACAAAAGUCGAAGUUUUACGAAGAUUUACGAACCUCUUACGACUCAACCAACACAAUGAACGAUGAUCAACACCAGUUCAUUCCUUAUUCUUUAGCUUCAUUCACGUUUGGCCACUGUUUAAAAUCUGUCUAGUGUUCCAGCUACGUGCCGUGUACGAAUCAGGCCAUGUGACUAUUGACUCUGUUAUUGAUUACAAUUACUCACAUGUGAUGUACUGAUCAGUCUCUUGACUACCGUGAACCUUAGUUAUCAUAAUGGAUAAGAACAAUGCCUCUUGUCAGAGGAUGCUGCAUCUAAGAGAACCAAAAAGGAAAAAAAGGUCCCGAAUUAAACCCAAUGCACCUUUCCCAAUAAAUAUUGGGCCAGAGAAUAAAUGGAUCAUGUAUACUGGUCAUCUCAGCUCGUUAGGAGUAUGUGUCAUAGAAUCUUGUGAAAUUGAAGCCCUACAUUCUAUGGGUUUUUUUGGUAAGGGAGCAUUGUCACGCAGUUUUCCAAAUUUUGAAAAAAGUAAGACUGGUGUACAUACCAUCCUGAGGGAGAGACAGUGGAAAAGAAGGCAGACCUGGCUGCAACAAGCUCAAAUUCUAAAAGGUCUUACAGAUGACUUUGGAGAAGAAGAAUGGGGAAACAUUGGACAACUUGACUCUGAAAAAGAAAGUGAACAAUGCCAACAAGGAGUCGGAGAUACCAGUAUAAAGGACAGCAAACCCGAACAAAGGAAGGACUCCAAACUCGAGAAAAACAAUCAAAACAUUGAUCCAAUUAAAAAACCCAACCCAAGCUCACUUGAAUCUCAUAAAGCUAUCGAAAAUCCAAAAUCUAAAGUAGAAGUUGUUCUGGAUGCCAGCAACGAAGAUGAAAUAUAUAAAAUCUCGAAUACUGAGAAAGUGGGAGCAGUAGCUUUUGAUGUUUCUAAUGAUGUAAAUACUACAUUAUCGGACGACGAGGCAAUGUCCAUAGAUUUGUACAAGAGACUUGAUGAAACUAAAAAUCAACUAGGAUGUAUCGAUCAGAAACCAGCGAUACAGGAAAGGGAUUGGAUGAUUUUACCAGACAGUGAUUCGGAUUCGGGGGAUUAUUUAAAUACGAUUAAACCAUCAGUUGAGAAGGAAGGUUUUCCUAUAAAAGAACCACUAUAUUUAACGUUUGAAGAAACAUUUUUCUUAAUGUUCGGAUUGGGCUGCCUUCAAGUUAUUAACUACGACGGUAAUAUGAUGAACAUUUUAGAAGCAUGGAACCACUUCUGUCGUGUCCAACACGACUUUGUACAAAAAUAUGUCGUAUACCAUUACUUUCGAAGCAAAGGAUGGGUAGUUAAACCGGGAUUGAAGUAUGGUGGUGAUUUUCUGCUCUACAAACAAGGACCGCCAUUCUACCAUGCUUCGUAUAUAGUUAUCGUAGAAGUUUUAAAUGCAGAUACCUUGCUCAAAGACACUAAAAAAAUGGUGCGCAAAAUGACGUGGACAAAACUUGCAAGCUUGGAUAGAUUGUCUGAAACAGCUGCGAAGGAGAUAUUAUUUGCUCAAGUUCUUUGGCCACCAGAAGUUUCCAAGGAUGAGAUUUCUUUUAGUCCAGAAUUUUUGUCAGAAUUUACAGUGAACGAGUUACUGUACAGAAGAUGGAUACCCAAACAAAAGCGAGAGGAAAUUGAUUUAGAAAACGAUAUUGAAUUACACGAAUGACAGAUGUUACAUUCACGGACUCGUUUAAUUUUCAUUGUUUAUUACUACUCAUUCUUAUCAGUGCUAUGUUGGAUAAAUAUAUAUCAUUUAUUACACUAUA